ACGACUGCGCAAUUUUCGCUCACUAGAGGACAAUGCGAAGCUGGUUGAAAUUGACGAGUUAUUGAAAAUAUUAGUCAUUUCAAAAGUUCAAGCUUCAAUUGUUAUCAUGAACAUGACUGUACACUCAGUUGUAGAUUUUUUCAGCACUUCUUUACCGAUUCCUUUUCUCCUAAUAUUAGCACUUCUUCUUAUAAGUACAAUGUACAUUGUGAAAGACAGUGAUUUGCCUCCAGGUCCUAUAGGCCUUCCGUAUUUUGGGUACUGGCCCUUCAUGAAAAAUUCCAAUGCUCAUUUCAAAUUGGACAAACUGAAAAGGAAAUAUGGGGACAUUUUCUGCUUCACGUGUACUGGUCGACUGUACAUUAACUUAGGAAGCUACAAAGCUAUUCGCGAAGCACUUGUCACUAAAUCAGAAUGCUUCGGUGAUAGAAUGUCAGGUUACCAUCUCUUGGGGCACGUAUUCAAAGGCGGUGUCCUUUACAUCAAUGGAGAAGCUUGGAGAGUAGCUCGGAAAUUCUUUUUGGUAAUCAUAAAGGAAAGAGGAGCCAAUUCUUUUAAAACUAGUAUCGCCGGUCCUUUGUACGAUUCAAUCCAAUCUAGCGUCAACGAACUGAAAGCCAGAAACGGCGAACCAUUGAAUUUGAUAGAAUUUUGUACUUACAGAUGCAAUACCUUUUUAAGGUUCACGAUGUUUGGCGAAGUGGGAGCUACAGCAGAACAAAUAAAUAAAUUCAAUGAAUUGUAUUCUGUAGCAGUACAGUGUAUCACGCCGAUGAAUAUGCUUUUGUGUGGUACGUUUGCGAAAUAUUUUAUAUUUCCUUUCACGCCUUAUUACAAUGAAACGGUAAAGUGUAACGAUCAGAUGGAAAAAUUGGCUUACGACAUUAUCAAUAAACACAAAGAAACAUAUGAUCCUGAAAAUCCUAGAAAUAUCAUAGACGAAUAUUUCAAGGAGAGAGACAAAAGACGAAACAAAGGCGAUCCUACAGCUGAGUAUUUUACAGAUGAGAUAUUAAUGGGUACCCUAGCUCAAUUUAUGGGUGAUGGUGUGCUUAUCGUAUCUUCAUUCACCUGUAUGUUGAUGAAAAAUUUUUUACUUCAUACUGAAGAACAAGAUAAAUUGUAUAAAGAAAUUGUGGAAGUAGUAGGUUUGCAGAGACUACCAACCAUCGAAGACAAAAGCAAGCUUACGUACUUCAACGCUUAUGUUUUGGAAUCUAUGAGAACAUCAGAUUUCUUCACCUUUUUUCCUAGUCAAGAAUGUAUAAAGGAAACCACUUUAAACGGAUAUAAAAUUCCUAAGGGAGCAGUAGUGAUCGAAAAUUUUUAUUCUUGCCAUCAUGAUCCCAAAGUGUACGAUGAACCUGAAAAAUUCAACCCUUAUCGAUACAUACAAAUGGACGGAAGGAAAAGAGCAGAACAACCAAUUUUGUUUGGAAUGGGUAAACGAUCCUGUUUGGGAGAAAGCUAUGUUAUGAUACAAUCCUUUCUUAUGUUGGCUACACUUAUACAGAAUUUCCAUCUCUCCUUGCCAGAAGGAGCAAAUAUUUCUGUUGAAUCAUUUUUGACCAGCAACCUUCAGAUUUGUGCCAAACCGAGAUUUUUUUUACGAAUCCUCGCUAUCAGGAUGGAAACAAAUUUGUUCUCCGAUGCUGUUAAAGAAAUAUCGCCUGUUUCUUUUGGAAUUGCUUUGGCAGCAUUUAUUAUAACAAUAUUGUACUUCGUCCUCAAAGAUAGAGAUCUGCCCCCAGGUCCCAUAGGAUUGCCAUAUUUUGGAUACUGGGCUUUCAUGAGCAAUACUAACGCUCAUCUGAAGCUGGAUUUGCAGAAGAAAAUAUAUGGUGACGUCACAAGCUUUACAAGCACUGGGCGAUUGUACAUAAACUUGGGAAGCAUCAAAGCUGUUCGUGAAGCAGUAAUAACCAAAGGCGAUUGUUUUGGCGAUAGAAUGUCCAGUUUUAGUUUUUUUACUCUACUUUUUAAAGACGGCGUAGCUUUCAUGAAUGGAGAAGCAUGGAGGGUGGCACGGAAAUUCUUUUUGGUAUUAUUGAAAGAACGUGGUGCAAAUUCUAUUAAAACUCAUAUCGCAGGGCAAUUAUAUGAUUCUAUCAAAUCUACUGUCAACGAUCUAAAAGCCAAGAAUGGAGAGCCUGUCAACUUGAUUGAACUUUUGACACACAAAUGCAAUACUAUCCUACGACUUACAUUGUUUGGUGAGGUAGGAGUUUCUGAAGAACAAAUCAGAAAAUUCAAUGAAAUGUAUGUUGUCCAAAUAGAAAGUAUGACUCCAAUGGCCAUGCUUCUGAGUGGAACUUUUGCAAGGUAUUUUAUUUUCCCUUUCAUGCCAAAUUAUUUCGCUACUCUGAAAUGUAAAACGAAGAUGGAAAAAAUGCUUUAUGAAAUUAUCGAUGAGCAUAAGAAGACAUAUGAUCCUGAAAAUCUUCGAGACAUAAUAGAUGAAUAUUUUGCGGAAAGAGAUAAAAGACAAAGUAAAGGAGAUCCUACAGCUCAAUACUUUACUGAUAAGGUCUUGAUGGGUUCCCUCAUGCAGUUUAUGGGAGAUGGAGUUCUGGCUGUUGCAUCAUUCACCAGUUUGCUAAUGAAGCAAUUACUAGAAAAACCGGAGGAACAGGAAAAAGUGUAUAAGGAAAUAGUAGAAGUGAUAGGUUUAGAUAGACAACCAACUGUUGAGGACAAAAGCAAACUCACGUACUUCAAUGCUUACAUUCAGGAAGCUUUAAGAACGUCUGAUUUCUUCAAUUUUUUUCCAAGUCAAGAGUGCACAAAAGAAACAACUUUGGGGGGAUACAGAAUCCCGAAAGGAGCGAUUCUGUUAAUGAAUUUUUAUUCCUGCCAUCAUGAUCCUGCAGUGUAUGAAGAGCCAGAGAAGUUCAAUCCAUCCAGAUUCAUACAAAAGGAAGGGAAGAAAAGACCAGAACUGCCCAUUUUAUUUGGAAUAGGCAAGCGAUCCUGUUUAGGAGAAGGUUUCGUUUUGAUGCAAGUUUUCUUACUUUUGACUACCUUGAUACAGAACUUUCAUCUCACGAUUCCGGAAGGCAAGCAAAGACUUUCUUAUGAAGAAUUUAUGAGCAGUAAUCUAUCCAUAUGUGCUAAACCAAGGCAUAACAAUCAAUAGACAUAGACACAAUUUUAUUCCAACAACAGAUAAUUUCAAUAUAUAUUGAGAAAUACCACAUAUCAUUAUAAUAAAAGAAAAUAAAGAUAUUAUCUUAUUAGAAAAUAAUUCGUACUUUUUCUGAAGAAUUCGUAUUCAAUUUGGAGCUCAAUACAGUUUUCAUCUAGCAUUAAAAAAAUCACGGAACUUCAAA